AGCUUCAAUAUAGCUGUGGAAGUCUGGACUCUACAAGAGCCUACUAGAGACAUUCUACAACCUACCCCAAUCAUGGGACAGUCAACUUCAAGCACCAACAGGGAGAAGAUGAAGAGCCCCUGUGAAUCCAACCAAAAAAAUGACGAGAUGCAGGAGGCACCAAACAGACUCUUAGCCCCCAAACAGAGCUUUCAAAAGGCAAAAACAGUAGAAUAUCUAACAAUAAUAGUGUAUUACUACAGGAAGGGUAAGAAAAUAAAUUCAAAUCAACAGGAGAAUGACCAGUCCCAAGAGAACUCCAUCAAUCCAGUCCAAGAGGAAGAGGACGAACACCUAGACUCAUCUGAAUUAUCUUCACAGGAGGACGAAGACCUAUACUCAUCUGAAAUAUCUUCACAGGAGGAUGAAGACCUAUACUCAUCUGAAGGAUCUUCACAGGAGUAUGAAGAACUAUACUCAUUUGAAGUAUCUUUACAAGAGGACGAAGACCUAUUCUCAUCUGAAAUAUCUUCACAGGAGGAUGAAGACCCAGACUUAUCUGAAGGAUCUUCACAGGAGAGAGAGGAGAACUAGUCAAACGUGGAGAAACCAAAUUGGACAAAUCCUCACCACCAAUGGCAAUGAUUACAAUAAAAUCAAGUUUGAGGAGCU